AUGGUCUCAAUGUUUCCUCUAGCAAAUUGUUUGUUAGAACAACAGACAAACUCACCUGUAGCGAUGCAAUCUGCUUUUGCCACAUGUCCUCCAUGGUUUUCAUCUUGGCUUCAUAUUCCAACCAGCGUGCCUCAAAUUGUUUUACCUGCUCUUUCAGAUCUGCAUUCUCUUUUUCCUGGUGUCCUAUUGUUGCCUCAGCUACCCAUAUCCGCUUCUGAAGUUCUUCGACAACCGGAGAAGAAGAAGAAUGCUUACCAGAUUGUAUCUGCACAACUGCAAUUAGGUGCUUAUCCAGCUUCUCACGAGCAGCCUGCCUUUUCUGCUGGAGUGAACUGUUUUGAUUCUCAACAAAGGAGCAGGAAAAAAAGGGAUCCAGAAGGAGUAUUGAAAUGGACAAAACCGGGAAAAUCUUUGCAGAAAUGGUACCCAUAUCUCCAAAUCCGGACAGCCUCUAAAAUCCCGGAGUAUCGAAGCUGCUCCAAGAUUGCAGAAAGCCGCCACACGCAUGGCGAAAAUUUGACAACACUGAUUAGGAGGGAAAGGAAAGUGUUGCUAUUCAUCAGAGAGCUUGUAAAGAUUCCAGAAAGGACCAGAAGUCAAACUAACCACUCCAGCACACUGGCGAAUGCUGAAUGUUCCACUUUAGCUGCAAGGGUUGAACCCGUAGCCUUGGGAAAAUCUGACACUUCAUCUAGUAAAGACAUCAGCCCAGCAGUCAAACAAGCUCGAGUAGAUAAACUUCGCCAAUGCGUCUCUGGUAUCAACUGCCUAAGUACGAGGGUCAGAGUUUUGGUGACUUCAUCCUUUCCAGCUUUUACUUUGCGGGUUGAUAAAGCAAGCAUUAGGUCCUGCUCAGCACAACCUAUCAUGCUAGCAGCAUUGUUUAAGUCAGCCAGAAGCAGGAGAAUUUCCUCGCCUAAUAUUCAAACCUCUUCAUAUGCAACAGAGGAAAGAGUGACAAAUGCUGUUUUUGCAUUGCCAAAUGCCUCCAGUAUACAGCUUGCUUUCAAGAUGUCAGUCCCUAUUCCACCACCACCCCCAUUAAGUGCUGCCAAAUAUUUCACCGCAAUUUUAGCUGUUUCAGUCUUCCCAGCCCCACUCUCUCCACUAAAAUUGACAAAAUACAUUAACAAAUUACCAAAGCAUUUAUUAAAGCAAAGUGAGGCCAACAAAACAGGGCUCGUUCAAAUAACUAAGCUGCAAAAGAUCAUCCACUCCAUUGAGAAUGUCAGCAUUGGCAGACACCAUUAUGUGGUUGACACCAAACACGAAGUUUCUGAAAGCACAAAAUCGUUCAAGUAUAACUCCUCAUAUAGUAAGAGACCUUACAAACACUCCCCAGAUGUCCCAGAUAUUCCGAAUAAAGGUUAUUUAUAUCGAUAUCAUGCACAUCAUCAGUACCCUACGAAAUGCUUCAGUGUCCCUUAUGAUAUUUGA